CGAUGUAUAGUUAAAAAAUGGGAGGGCACACUUGAACCGAGCUGCUCUAUGAAGGUAGGCUGCAGCGUGUGUUUAUUGAUGAGAUGAAAAGAAGAUGGAAGUGAGAAAUGAAACAAAGUAAAGGAACAUAUUGAAAAAAUAAAACUGUACGCGCUUCGUCGGGGGAAAAUAGGGGGAGCCGAGGAAACGCUGUCGGCCACUUUUGACAAGCUUCGAAGUGCAGGUUCAUGGUCAGUUCAGCCUUUCCCAACAUGCUUUGAGAGGAAGGCAGGGCAACACCCAGUGCAGGUCACACAGGCAAACAAAGACACACUCACACAGAGCAGCACAUGAUUUGGACAGAGAGGACUGACAGCCUUGCCUUGCACUCGGCCUCUGAUCAGCCAUCUCCACCAGCAAACUGAAGUUUGACCCGCACUUCAUCACCAGCCACACAAGCAUCUUUGGAACAAAACGUCAUCUAACUGUGACAUCAGUUGCAAGGGGAUGACCGAGCGCAUUCAUAACAUCAAUCUUCACAACUUCAGCAAUUCUGUACUUGAGACCCUCAAUGAGCAGCGCAACCGUGGGCACUUCUGUGACGUGACUGUUCGGAUCCAUGGAAGUAUGCUGCGUGCUCACCGCUGUGUGCUGGCUGCUGGAAGCCCCUUCUUUCAGGACAAGCUGCUCUUGGGCUACAGCGACAUUGAGAUCCCUUCUGUGGUCUCGGUGCAGUCCAUCCAAAAGCUGAUUGACUUUAUGUACAGUGGGAUUUUGCGGGUGUCUCAGUCAGAGGCCUUGCAGAUCCUUACUGCCGCCAGCAUCCUUCAGAUUAAGACCGUCAUCGAUGAGUGCACCCGCAUCGUUUCCCAGAAUGUGGGCCUGGCUGGGCCGGGUGAGUUCCCUGUUAUACCGGGAGACUCUGGUCAGGAAACACCCCGCGGCACGCCAGAGUCAGGAACCUCCGGGCCCAGCAGCGACGCAGAGUCGGGUUAUAUGCAAGCAACAUCACAGCAAAGCAUUGAUCGUGCAUACACAUCACUGUACUCCUACUCUGGCCUCUCGCUGCAGAACGGCACCCGUGAGCGCUCCAUGUACAUAAACCCUCUGUCUUCAAACUACGACACCACUCUUGGCACUCAGAAGAACCAGCAAUCUCAAAAUCCGCCCUGGAUGAACCGCAUCCAGGAGAGAUCUCAACAGGUCGACCGCUUCAUCUCCACAGCAGAGUCCACUCACUGCCGCAAACAGCCCCGACCGUCACGCAUCCAGACGGGAGGGAUGCACAUAAAGCAGGAGGCCGAAGACGAGUACGGCUGCUACGAGAAUUUGGGGGAUUGCCAAGACGACACCGACCACACUGAGGGUGUAGAGAGCGAGACCAAGGUUGAAAGUUUUGACUCAGGUGUGAGCUCCUCCAUCAGCACCGAGCCAGAUGCUAUGGAACAGCAGCCGUUCCUGAUGGGCUUUAGAGAGGGGGGCGGCGAAGGGCAUCAAGGUGAAGGAGGGGGUCCUGUGCAUAUAGAGGUCAACGACUCGUCCCCUGAGCAAGUGCAAGAGAUGGACGACGGGGACACAUCCCACAGCACUAGUGACAGUAGCAUGAUGCAGACCCUGCCAUACUCAGUCAUGUCCCAGUCCCUGCCGAGUGCCCAGCACUACAUGCGCAAGGCAGAAUCACACACCAGCAACCUGAGGAUGCCGAUCACCGUGACCAGCAACUCCCAAGUGAUGGGCCCUGGUGGAAGCCCCUUCCUGCCCACACUCUUUCCCACUCAGCCGGCUAGAGACAGCAAGCCUUUCCUUUACCUUCCUGGCCAGCAGCAGCCCCAGUUCGUGGCGGUGCCGCCCCCUGCAAUGCCAUCAUUCCCCAACCCAAUGUCGGUACAGCAAGCACCAUCUCAGCAACAACAGGCUGGAGGAGGGAUCAGUGCGGGGGAGAAGAAGCCGUAUGAAUGCACUCUCUGCAGUAAAACUUUUACUGCUAAACAAAACUACGUCAAACACAUGUUUGUCCAUACUGGUGAGAAACCUCAUCAGUGCAGCAUCUGCUGGCGCUCAUUCUCCCUGAAGGAUUACUUAAUCAAACACAUGGUGACACACACAGGAGUGCGGGCCUACCAGUGCAGCAUCUGCAACAAGCGCUUCACCCAGAAGAGCUCCCUCAAUGUCCACAUGCGGCUGCACCGUGGAGAGAAGUCCUAUGAGUGCUACAUCUGCAAGAAGAAGUUCUCACACAAGACCCUGCUUGAGCGGCACAUGGCUCUGCACAGCACGGGCAGUGCCAUUAUGGGGCUAUCGGGGAGCGCCGUCAACCAGGGCCCUGUCUCCAUUCCCAUGCCGAUGGCCGUCCCGGAUCCCGGAGCAGGAGUGGUGGCCCUCGCCAUGCCCGUGAGCGGAGGUGCUGGAGUAGGGGCCGGGGUUGGAACAGGAGUGGGUGUAGCUGCAGAAGCGAGUUGCCAAGAAGGGACCACCUAUGUGUGCUCCGUCUGCCCUGCCAAGUUCGACCAAAUGGAGCACUUCAAUGACCACAUGCGAAUGCAUGUCUCCGAUGGAUAAGUACUAGUAGAUAAACUCCUUUCAAAAAGAAUGACAAAUAAAUGGCACUAGAUUUUCCUUUUCUUGUUUUGAGGUAUGAAGAGUAAUGAGUAUAGACACUGGCACAUUAAGUUUCCCAAAAAAAAAAAAAGAUUUUUUUUUUUUUUUUCUGUUAAAUCUAAAAGAAAAAAAAGAUGGUGGCCUUAAGGCUUAGUAGUUUGAUAUUGAUCUACUGGAUGGAUCCUAACUACAGGCCUCUAAAUGUAUGCUUUCCUAAAAUACUGAUUUAUGUGUUGAACACUACCGAAAGGCCUACGAAAGAAACACAUACACACAAACACACUUUUAGUGUAGUUUUGUAUGAAUGAAUAUACAUGUGCAUAUAUGUGUGAGCGUUUGUGCAUUUGUGUGUCUGUGUGUUUGCAUGUGUGUGUGUUUGCGCGUGUGUGUGUGUGUCUGUGUGUCUGUGUGUGUGUGUGUGUGUGUGUGUGUGUGUGUGUGUGUGUGUGUGUGUGUGUGUGUGUGUGUGUGUGUGUGUGUGUGUGUGUGUGUGUACAUUGCCAUGAAAAAUAAAUCAUGGCAGUUGUGAACCCAUACUGACCAGUUUGGAAACUUUAGAUGUCCAAGCUUACUGUGGUAUAAUUUACAACAAUAACAAAAAAGUCAUCUGGGGUCGGGCUAUAUAUUCCCUCUAAAAAUACUGACGGUCACAAGAUUGCCUUCUUCUGUAAAAUAAAAAAAGGAGAGUAGUUAAUUUGGUGAUGGGUUUAAUUUAUUCCUAUUGUAUUAAGGGAUUAUAAUGCAGCUGUUGUCAAGGUACCAAUUUCAAUCAUUUAUCUGAAAUGUGACUUCCUGUCCACUGGCGACCGGAACGAACAUUUCUCAUAUGUUUUGUAAUUGCUGUCCAUGCAUUUGAUGCUUCAGUUUACUAAAUUUGGGUGUGUUGAUCAGACAGUAUUAGAGCAAAAACAUGUUUCUUUUUUUCUGAAGUUUGGAGUUUAACUAAUUUGCAUACACUGCCACUAAUAUUUUAAACGACUGUUAAGGCUUGUAGACCUCUUCCAUUUGAAAACAUAAGAAAAAAAGAAAGAUUCUUUUGCUGACGGUUUGUUUUUAAAGCCUUUCACUUUCACAGUUAGGGCAGGCUGGCAUAUGUGACUAAACUCUCUCCUUCAUAAUUGCUGCUCUUCAACUUGCACCUGACUGUUAUGGGAUGUAGAUUCAAGAAAUAAUUUGUCAUAUUGUUGUUAUUUAGGAGUCUACAUGGUUAGCUAUCAAAUUGAUAAUCAAGUAAUAAUACCUAGUCAGGGGGUAUAUACACUGGAACAGUGUUAAAGAAGGAGGGAAUUAAUUUGAAUCAAAUUUGAAUUGGAAAUAAAUGCCAUCCUCAUCCUAGAGCCCCUGUCAAACAUGUUCAAUGCUGUUGCACAGCCAUUUGGGCAUGUGGGAGCUAAAUGCAUUGCUCUUCAUGUGUUUGCCCUCCCUGGAGGCUCAAACGGCAUGCAACCCAUUGAAAGGAAAACAAGUAGCUCCAUUGAAAUCACACUGUUUCCUUAUAAACCACACGUUCAGAUGGACUUUCUACACAAUAGUAUACAUUCCUGAUUUUUCUAAAAACAAUCUAGACACAUUAUGUACAGAAUAGAUUUUGGAAGCUAGUGCGAGCAAGUUGUCAUCACAUCACUUUAGGCUCAUUUCUGAUAUUUGAAUUGUUUUAUAAUUGCUCUCUACUCUAAAUUCGACUUACACACACACACACACACACACACACACACACAACUGCCUGCAACUGCAAUCCUGAAGGAUUUGCUCAUGUAUGUGAGCAACAACUUUGGUAGUUGUGUCGUUAAAAGAAUAACUGAGUACAGCAGUCUUAAAAAGACCCGCUGUGGAUAAAAAAAAAGUGCUAUUUUGCACAUUUUCUUAAAAUGCCUGUGCUUAAUAUUUAGUCAUUUUACUUAAACAAACUUUUAUGAUUUCUGUUUUUCAAUUUCAAAGGAAAAAAAGCAUUUUUUUUUAUCUUGAUAAGUGGACUGCAUUAUUUUCUUGCAUAUAUGUUGCACUGCUUAAACCAAUAAGUGCACUACUGUUAACAGAGAUAUUAUAGUUUUAGAAAAGAGGUUUUUUUUUUCUUAAAUCUAACAUUUGGUUGUAGAGUUCACAUGUAAUAGAAUAGCUUUGUUUCAAUUUAUUCAUUAAGUAAAUCAGCGGUUCUUGGCUUUUGUUAUUGCUUGCAGUAACCUACAGUAUAUUCUUGUGCCGUGUUAAUGCAAGCAUUUAUCUUUAUUUAAAUAUGUACCAUUACGUGUGCUCAUCUAUGGUUUCAAACCUUUGAACUCAUUCUUUUAUGGAGUCAGUUCCCUAUAAACGUCAUUGGAUUGCAUUUUUUUAGAAUCAAAGGAGAAUAUCCAAGCCAAACAACAUAAACAGUGAAACAAGAACAGUAAUAAUACACACAGCUCCUUUGGCGGAGGUUCUAAUAAUAACUAUUAUUAUAUGAUUAAUAAUAAUACAUUUAUAAUGUGUGUGUGUGUAACAUAAAUGAUAUGUGUGUCCUAGAACAACUUUGUGUGGGUUUAGAGGUGUGGGGAGGUGAUGGAAUGCAGCUUCUUUGAUAUCUGUGCGUCAGUUGUACACAGUUGUUUCCCUUCCUUAGUGUUUGUGUGUCAGUGAGUGUUUGUGUGUUUGGUAUAUAGCCUAAUCAAGCUGUUGAUAAGUGGAAUAUCUGAACUGUAGGGCUUCCUUUGCAAUAUGCAAUGCAGGUACUAUGAGAAGCAGCUCUCCAGACCUUUUGGGCUAUUAAGGCACCUGUGGCGUUUGUUCUGAGAUUUGACUCAAGCUGAGGUUGACACUGUUGAACUCAGAGUACAAUUUGAGGAGUUAUGUCUGGCAUUUGGAUGCUUAAAGUUAUUUUAACUGCUACUAAAGUACAGAUCCUUGUUGAGUGAGCUGAAGGGAAGUCUGUAGGUCAGUUUCCCCUCGGCUAAAAAGAAUCUAUUGACCACACAUGCGUAAACACACGUGAGGUCUGUCCGCAGUAAAAGUAGCACAUUAUUAAACAUUUGAUUGGGCCUGUGUCCUAUGGUGUGCAUAUAAGCCUAAACUGUAUGGUUCCUGUUUGUAGCUGUUGUUGCCAGGAUGGCAAUAUUGCUGCAUGCUAGUGCUAUAUUUGUCUCUACACAGCACGUGGAGGGUAAUCUCAUGCCUUAACAGACAAUGCACUAAAAAGAAUAUGUAAGCAACUGCCGAGAUCUCUUUUCCAACAGUACUGCCACACAUACGGCACACAGCUCAUUGUGUUGAUGUUUGUUGUCUGUUCAGUACCGAGUUAAACACUGCCAAUCUAACAUCAUCACUUCUUCGAAAGCAAAGGCAGAGACAUUGAUUGAAUCGUUUCAGUGUAAUGUUUGUAUUCAGUGAUCUAGCAUUCCUUCAUGGCACCUAAAUUUUACAUAUUUGUGUAAACACAUAUAUCAAAUGCACUAUUGACUGUAGCUAGAUGAGUACAACCAGCUUUGUGGUAUCAUUGGUCUAAAUAGUAGGUUAAGUAGCUCGAUGUUGGUUUUAUGAAAUAUUUGAUUUCAGAACUACACUAUCAGUCGUUUCUCUAUCUUUUUUUUUUUUUUUUUUUUGGAAUAACAAAAGUAGCCAAUCUCAACAUUAUCUGGAUGAGGGCUAAUAACUCGUCCCAUUGUCAGUUGACUUCUUGUAUCAUAAGGUGUUUGAUAGCAGACCAGGCUCAGAAGAGGGAAGGAACCCUUCUCUCCAGUGUGUCAUUUACGUGCUUUAGCAUUACCCAGGCUUUUUCCCCUGUUGCAUUAGCAUCACAUGCUCUUCACUGUUCAUAGUUAUAUAUUCCUUAUACUGCUUCAGCUACUCGUGGUGGUGCUUAAUUCUCUUUUCUCUCUCAGUGUUGCAGAAAGUCGGUUGAAAACUUGUUGAAAAGUCGCAACAUUAUCCAGAAAAUGAGUCCUUCUCUCAAUAGUGCUUCUUCUAGUUGUUAGUUUAAGAAAAAAAAAAAAGUCUAGACUUUAUGUUUGCAAAGUGUUCGCAUAUUUUCCAGAACAAAACAUAUUAAAACGUAGAUAAUAGCCUUGAGCCUGCAGCUGUUUGUAUUGUGUUUCAAAUAUAUUACUGUUCAUGUUUUGUUUAUCUUAGUGUAGAGACACAGGGUCUACAGUACAUUGUUGUCCUUCUUGCAGUAUGUUUAAUUCAUCGUUAUACUUAUUUAUUUCAGGCUUCCUCCUGCUUUUUGUCAUGGUGAUCAUAGUGCUGUUGUUUAUACAUACAUAGCUUCACGCAGCUGGAUAACAGUCAGUUUUUAAGUCAUAUUUCACAUUGUACUAUAUAUGCUUAUAUGCUUUGCAUUGAGAUGAAAACAAGGAAUUGGAGAAAUGGUAAUGGUGAGGGUCAUGUCGAGUACGGAACAGGUUCAUUUUAUUCUGAUAAGCAUGCCAUGCGUCUGUCUCCCUGUUUGUCUUUCAGUCCAUCUCCACACAUUCAAAGUCAGAUUUUUUUAUUUAAAGCUUGAAGAAAGUCACAAAGAGUAGAAUACAGAAAACACCAGUCAGAUAAUACUUUACUGCAUCUUUGGCCUUCUACAGUACACAUAAGAGUGAAAUAUCGUACAAAUAUACUAUAUAUAUUAUUGUAUCACCGUCUUCACACCGAUGAAGAAUACAUUCUCAGAUAGUUUGAUAAAGACAGAAUUGCAGCCAGAGUAUACAGAACCUUGUGGGAUAUAGGGAAUAUGCCUAUCAAGUGCCUAUCAGUACAUACAGCAACUAUACAGAAUAUUCAUAGUUUUUCUCUCCUACAUUGCACAGAUACAGUUUAUACACAAUGGUCUAUUAUAAAUAAACUAUUUAUACUAUUACUGCUAAGACCUGCUGGUUGUGAGUGCAUCCUAAGAGAACCCUUUAAAAUACCUGAAAUCAUCUAUUCAUAUACAGUUAAAGCUACAUCUGUGAGUUUUAUUUUUUAUCUUACAUCUAUACAGCUCGGAGGAUUCAAAGAUAUAAAAUGCAAUCACAUUUCAUCUCUGAAGGAAAUAUAUUAAUAGAGCUAGAACAUUGAAAUUGUAACCGGAAAAAUAUAACUAGGACAUUUUAAAAUUGUAAGAUCUUUUUUUUAAGGCUGCUCUUUCCUUGCUUUCUUUUUUUUUAAACAUGGCUUUUUUUUUCUUUUUUUUUUGCUGUUUGCAAACAAGCCAUGUGCUGUACUGUAUGUUGGUGCGGGGACAAGGGCAGUGGCGCUUUGUGAACAGCAGAGGGGGCCAAAUUCGCCUGGACGAGUUGGAGUUAACCCUCCAUAAUGUGGCUAUCUUUAAUCUUAUUGGUAAUUAAUUCCAUUCUCCUGAUGGCCACAUACAUCACUUUAACUAAUUUCCAAAAUGUAUCCGAUAAGCAUAGCAGUGUUCUCUUCCAUUUGCACUUACUGUCAAAGAUUAAUAAAGUCUUUGCAGACUGCCGGAGCUGGCAGCCGCUUCAAUAGUUCUCGGAGUACACCGAGUUCUCUCUGACCUUGAUGAUGGUCCCUGCCCAUUUCCCCACAAUGAUCAUUCAAGUUUUUAUCUUAUCUGAUCACCUUUAUGCUUAGGUACAGCUUUUAAUAGUAAAGGACAAGCAAUGAGCAACCUUAAAAAGAGAAACUGUCCAUUGAAUGUUAGACAGACAGAUAUUUAUAUCUACACAGAGGCAGAUUGAGAUUAAGACAUUUAAAGUUUUGUCAAAGGAAGAAACACACAAAGUAUUCCACGCUCUCGAAGUGUUUGGUUUAACAACAUGGAGUCCAAACUAAGAGAUAAUAGAGUACAAUAAAAACCAAUAAUCAAGUUUCAGGACGAGUGGCUGCGAGAUAAAAGGUUUUGGGAUGGCUGAUUAUUCGGUCCCCUGUGGACUAAUUACCACAGUUUUCUCUCUAACCUUCCCCAGCCUAGUUACUGUGCCAAAAUUAGGGGUAAAAAAAAAAAAAACACUUUUGAAAUGAUACCCCUAUUGUUUAAUUUGAUAAGGAGAACAACGGUAAAAGAUAGAACAUUAAAAUCAUUGUUUUAAGUAAGAGGUUUCUGUAGAAGCUAUAAAAUGAACAUGAUACCAUGAAAAGGAAACAUAUGUCACACCAAGAGCAAGUGAUUGCCUUUAUUUUGAAUCUUUUAAUCCUCCAUCUAACAUAGUUUUCCAGUAAAUGGGAGAAAACAGCUAUGAUUAAAAAAAAAAAGAGCACAUUUUGAAGGCUUGGAUUCAUAUACAUUUUAAGUGAAGAUGAAGCAUGAAUAUUAUAGGCAAUGAGAUAUAGCUAGUCCCUGUCAUCCAACUGUCACACACAACAGCAUCUGUUCAGAUCUUACAGUCAAACAUGCAGACUCUGUUUUGAUUUUGAGCUUUAAACACACACACGCACAGAAGCAGCUGUUCAGAUUUUCAAGUACAACACAGCUAAGCUAAGCUACAACAACAUUUAGAUUAUAUUAUUUCUUUCUCCCAACAUGCAGUUCAUAAAAACCCUGAUGUGGUUCAGCAUUAAGCGUCAUCAUCAGGAGUCUAUCAGUGCACAUGAAGCAUGCAGUCCUGCCUCACAGCCUCUUCCUGCAGGUGGGCUGGCUUUGUUUUUGAUGGAGCACAAACUAUGUUUUGAGUGUCCCCUGAUAACACACUUUCUUUAUCAUUUUUUAAUCACAAUUGUUAGGAGACUGAGGCUUUUGAAGACUAAACAUCGAGGCCUCUUUGUGUUUCUGGAGUCUCUUUUUCAGCGUGGUCCUGCUAAAUGAGAGGUUUAGUUACAAAGUGUGCAGCAGAGUAACAAAAAAAAACAAAAAAAGCAUUCCUGUUUUAAGUCCAGAGCAUUCCAACUCCUAUUCUGGCACUCGUUUUCCACAGUGAACUAGCCUGACAUUAAGCAGGAUUUCCAGCGCUUCAUCCUUUUACAGAUCUGUUGGAUGUUUGGUUAUGUAGUAGCAAACAAUGCCCAUCACUUCAAAGUUGAAACGAUAUAUAUUUCCCUGAAGAAGACCAUUUUCUAAAAUCUCACAUAGCUUUUUAUUCAAAUUUCAACAUGCUCGUAUGGCCUGGUUUUAUAGACAACAUGCACUAUGCUAACACUGUAGGUCUCUUUUUUACAAUGCAAAAAAUGUCCCGUUAAAAGAUAUCAAUCGUAUCGCUGUAAUGUUCCUUAAGGGGCUGUUGGUGGUUCAUUUGAAAACAGGGGGCCAUGCUAAUCAUUAAAGGUUAAACAAAAAUUAACUUUACUAGACAAUGUUUGUGUUCACAAACCAAAGAAGGGUUAAGAUCAUUUAAGUUUUAUCUUUUCUAUGUGUGUGGGGUUCCUGCCAUCGGGCUAGAUUGCUACAGUUUUAAUUUGUUGUGUUUUGUUUUUUUUCAAUGUUUUUCUUCUCAUUGCGGGGUGCUUGUGAAAAUGCAUCUGUGUGUUUUGUCUUUCGAUCAGUUGUUCAUAGAUUUGUGUUUUUUUUUGUUCAUUUGCCUAUUGUAGACCAAAAUAGAAUUCUUCUUUUUUUUUUUUUUUUAUAAGAAAUGCAACAAAAUGAAAAAAUGUAAGUGGACACAGUAGCUGUGAUGUAAACUAUCGCAUGUGACGACAUGUUUAAGAUUGUAAAUGUUGCAUCGUUUCUCUCACAAAACAUCAUACUCAGUAAUCAUCAGUUAUGUCUUCUAUACACACGUUUAGCAAAUCAGUGUAAACCUGUUCACCUUCACACAUUGCUUCUCAAUCGUUUUUUUUUUCGUUUUUUUUUCUUCAGAUACCGGCACCGUGUGAUAUUUUAAGGCUGUCCCUGAAAUACUAAUCUGACGUUGUGACCUAGAGUACAUUUAGCCAUUUAUACUUGAGAUGGACCAAGAUGUUAAGUUUGCACAUAUUUGUAGGUUGUUGUUGUAAGCCAAAAAUGAAAAAAAAAGAGGAAAGAGCGUAAAGAUACUUUCAGCAGCUUCAGUCAAAUCCGGCUGAGCUUCUCAAAAGUCUUUCCCGUUCACUGAAAAGUCAAAGCAUCAGAGCCAGCCAUCAGCACACGAUGAGAACAAAUCCAAACCAAACUGUAACCUGGAUUCAAACAGCACUAAUCCACAGUGAGAACAAGAUGAUAUAUUUUUCUAAUCACACAUCAUCUGUAAGCAGAAUGUAAACCAUUUGGCAAAAAUUGGGCAAUAUUUUAUUACUGUACGGUCUAAUUCAAGGCGAAUCUGCUGUAUUUUUUCAUCCUUUGUGUUCAAAUAGGAAAUUGAAUUACUGUAAAUCAGGCAAUUUUUUUUUUGUACCUGGAGUGAAGACACAAUUUCUCAAACAUUGACAGUACAAAUCCGACAUCACGUGUGUCCUAAUCAAAGCAGCUUAGGUUUUGUUUUUCAUCCGGCGUUCAGGCUUUUUGCUGCCAUAUCUUGUAUGUAGAUGCUUUUGUAAAACAUGCACUUGAGUUGAACUUUGAGAUGUGCUUAUAAAUAUGUGUAUAUUUUGUUAGGCUUCUAUUUUUGUUGGCCUACGAUGGCUUGAUAUUUUAUUAUUUCCCUUAUUAAAGAAACCUUCUCCUUUCUCGUUCUAAACUUGGCAGAGGUGGAGCUGUUGUAGUAAAGGUAGUUAACAUCCCAACUAAGCAACCCUGAAAUAUAUGCUGCAGUAAUGUAUUUUCAGUUUGUUUUUUGAUAAUUUAUGCUCCAAGUUGGUUUGUAUUUUAUUAUUAUUAUUGUUAUGACACAAGCUUGUUUGAAAUGUAUUGACUGCUGUUUUGAAAUAGGGGAUACAUUUUUUUUAAUGUAUGUGCAAGGACGUUUUUAUAAUAUGAUUUGUCAAACACUGGACUGGAGUGAGUUUUUCAACAUUUCCAAGUUGAGAGAUGUAUUUGACAGACAUAGCUGCACAGACAACACCCGCGAGCACAGAUAUGAGCUGACACACACACACACACACACACACAAAAUAAAAACACACACACAUCCUCCCAGCUGUACAGCGGAGGGAGACUAAAAAUGGCCAACAUCCUCCCGCUUAAAAAACGAGGAGUAUUUGAGACGUAAGAAGUUCAAACAUUUCCUUUCUGCUGGAUUAAUGCAUUGAUUGGGUGCUGGGUGAUGUGUUAGGAAAUAUUUAUUAGGGGUUUCCCUCCAAAUAGUUGCAUGGCAUCCAGUGGUGACAGAUAUUUUUGUUUCUUUUCUGAAAAAAAAAAAAAAAAAAAAAAAAAAAAGUCAGAAGAUUUGUAAAGGGAUACCACUUGACAGCUCUCCAGUUCUAGAAAUCAGCUGGUGUGUUGUUGCUAUGGUCGAGCAGAUUGAACAGUUCAUUACACCAACCACCACUUCUCAAACCAGAAAAGAGAUUUGCACUAGACUUAUUUUGGUCGUCUUCUAUCAAAAGCAAUAUAAUUCACUCAACACAUUUUUAAACCAUAGUAUGUGAUGGUAGUGUCACAUCAUGACAAUGCUGAGUAGCUGGUGAUAUUUGACUCGUUCUGAUUAUUUUUUUUUUGUAUUUAGAGGUACAGAAUCAGUCACCUUUUUAAAUGCACAUGACAUCCACACCUUGUUUUUCCUUUUUGUUUUGUUGUGUUUGAACCCAGCAGUACCCGGGGUAUUAGUGUCCAGAUUUGAGCGGCAUUAAAACUGUUGUUUCCUCCUGUGAUUGUUUUGGACAAAUCAAGACGCUCUUACAGAUCUGUUAAGUGAGAGACGUAGGAGGGAAGGAAUCCAUUUUUUUUCCCCCCACUCAGUCAAAUUGUCUUCAUCACGACAUAUUUCAAGCUAAAACACAAAUACCAAAAGAUAAACCCAGCUGGCACACCUUUCCCUUAAAAAAAAACAAACAAAAAAAAAAAAAAACCACACUCGUCUUCUCUGCAUAUUUUGGUCACUCUUUUUCGGGGAUGUUACAUUAUUAAAAAUGCUUUAAAGUGAUAAUAAAAAUAAAUUCAAAAUGCACCUUUUUGUGGUUUUAAACACAGCGUCAUUUGGCCACGUACGUAGAGAAUCCACCAAAAUGUAUCAUAACUUCAUCCUUUUUCAACGAGGUCAUUCACAACAGCAGUAAAUAUUGACCUGUCGAUAUUUUGUUCAGUGGAUACGUGUAAAAAGAUUUCCAAUAAUUCACAAACAGCAAACCUUCACCAUUUUAUCUGGAUGUAGUAGCUUUUCCUGUUUUUCACCGCUUCGUGGUGUUGUUGAAAGAUGUUGCGGUUUGUCUAAAUAUGUUGCGUGUUAGAGGAAGCAUAAGUAUGUGCCUUCUUGUAAUCUCCUUGGUGAGCUUGUUAUUAUUGAGAAGCUGAAGCCAGCCAAUUGUGUUUGCACUAAAACCAAAUUGCUUUUGUGAUGUAGACUAUUUAAGCAAGCUUGUUGCGUCACUUUAACCGUACAGUAUGCAUGAGGGUGAAAUUGGUAAGUCUAGGGCUAGAGCUCUCAUCUGUUGACCUGUAAACCAGUGCAGCUUAGAGGAUCUUGUGAAUAUAUCUUGGCUUAGUUUCGCAUUCAGUUUUUCAAUUCCAUCUCCUUAUUCAUCCAGUUUGUCACAAUUUCAACAGUUAGAAAAAAAAAAUAAGAAAAAAAAAUCAUGAAAAAAGCAAAUAACACAUACCAUGAAUACAAUACAGCUUUUACUUUCACAUGCCACAGUUUGAUCGAGUCACACACCUGCAGUAGAGAUAUUCAUGUCUCUGAAUCCAUGGGAAUGCAUGAGUAUACGAGGUCGCCUCAAGACUUUUGGUCAAAUGAUUUUAGGUUGUUUUUUGAAAAUCUGUAUUUAUUACAUAUUUUGUUGACAUCUGAGAAAGGCCUACAUGCUUUGAGUCUUACAAAUGCACCUUAUUCAUGUCGGUCCAUGUGGGGGAAAGAAAGAGAAAGAGGCUGGCAAUGUAAUAUCUCUGAUUUAGCACCUUACUACACAGCAUGUUUUCACUUUAUGCCAGUUUAGCUAUUCUUCCAUAUGUAUGAUUUCAAAAAUACAAUCUCAUCUUUUGUGAAAUUGUUUCAUGGGAUGUGCCAAAGUUUGGAGGCGAUCUCACAAGUGUUUAUGCUUAUCAUUUUCUUUUCCUCCUCCUUCAGUUAUAGCAAUGGUAUGUCAAAACUUUCCUAUAACAGUGUGUGGAAUCAAUUUAUCUCAGCAAACAGUAUCAUUACUUGCCAUUUUACAAUAAGCCCUGUAUUUCACAUAUAUUUACCAGUGAUGUGUAUUUGUUAUUAUAAAGAAAAUAGCCGUAAAAGCUUCAUUAUGUUACAUAAUAUUGUGACUUUUUUCGAAAAACUGUGAAGACUUAUCUUGCAUAUACUUUAUACAGAAGUAUUAAGCCUUAAUACAAAAGACUAAAAAAAGUGUGGAAGAAUAAACUGAUUGUUGCUAAGUAAGGAUGAUUUUUGUAAAUGUUACCAGCACUUUUUUUGUAAUUUUCACUCUCUGAGGUAUUGUACAAGUUCAAGCUGUUUGUGAAGUUUGAUUAUGAAGGAAUAAAAACUAGUACUUUCCUGUACUUCACAGAAA